CAGAUAGUACCGCACGCAGGUAUACACUGAAACUACUCACAGAGGCUACAAAAUCGGCCAGACGUUGUUUGACAGAAAGAGUCAGAAAACGGAUAUACGGUCAUUCUCUUGCUAGUCCUAACGUGGUGUAAAAGUGCCGUGUUUCUAGUUGCUCUCGUGCGAAAAAGUUGCUCUGAUCCCGGAAAAAAGCGCUAAAAUGGCUGAUGAAUAUUUCUACGGAGCUACCUUGAAGGAAGGAAGCAAGACAGUGACCUGGGAUCCAGACAACAAAGCCGAAGGUUAUCCGCGGACACACAAACUAAUCAUCAAACAGUGCAUCCUGGGUCAUGAGGCAGCUGCCGAUGAGUUCAACGUGGUGCAGGUUGAAACGAUGACCAUCCGAGACACACUGCGCACUCCGAUUGCGGUUCUGAAGGUUGGUGAGUCGCGACAGUGCCGGCUGGAUCUGGAGUUCUCCGAUUCGCCCGUCACAUUCACACUGAUCGAGGGCAAGGGACCGGUACACAUCCACGGCCAACAUCUGCUCGGUUCGCUGGUCGAAGAAUUCGAGGACAUGGAAGAGAUGGAGGAGGAAGUUCCCGAUGAGGAGGAAGAUGACGAGGAUGACGAUGAGGAGGGAGGCCCACAGAAAAAGAAGCAGAAGUUGACUAACAACUCGAAGGGAAAACCGAACGCAGUACAGGCUGCCAGUAAUAGCGCAAAAAACAGCAAAAAGAAAUAAGCUGUCCUCCAUUCCUCCUCCCGAAGGUUGACGAACAGAACGAGCGUACGCAGUAAGUGAAUUCCGUUCGUUUUCCUAUUUUCCCGAGCAUCUCUCCCUUUUAAGUACACAUAAACAAUAUAUACAUCUAAUAUAACAACACAGUAACAAUUGAGAACGAGUUGGAGUUGGAUAACCACCCUCCUCCAAUAUAAUUCUAUCGUUCCUUCUUUCAUCAGAGAAAAUCAUUAAUGAUGAAGGCAAUCAAUUCCUUCUAAACUAAAAUCAGGAUAAUACCUUGAAAGAUACACUUUAGUCUGUAAGAUCUCUUGCGACGCCCGAGCUCUGCGCUUUGUGUUUAACUUAUUUUUGUAAGACUCGCCAUCAGCGCCAUUUAGUGGAAACCUCUUUUUUUUUCUUCAUUUGUGAAAGCGUUAGUAAGAUAGGUAGACUUUUGUGAGCAAAUUCAAGAAACGUGGUACAGUUACAAAAAGUGAGAAAUUGUAAUAAAAAAAAGUAUUCCAUAAACAACAAAGCCAACCAAGUGUUGAACUCAAACUGCGAGCAAACAAGCGAUGGCGGUUUAUUGUUUCCCUCGAAAAUCCUAUUGCAGACUGCCAAUUUGGCGGACCAGGUCGGAAAGUUACAGGAGCAAAUAAACUUUUAGCGUCAAGGGUAACGUGGUACAAGAGAAUGUGAAGAAAUAAAGGAUAAACUAUGACAUGA